AUGGCUACAACAACAGUUUCCGGAAAUGAAAAGACAAAAUAUGCAUUUCUUCAUCAUCAGCUCACACUAGACGAUACGACAUUGUCUACAUUGAAUCCAAAGGAUCAAAUAAAAAUUCUACAACAGACAAAAUAUGUUUUUGAUAAAUAUGUAAAAGAUAAACAAUUAUCAUAUCUUCUUGGUCCUGGAAGAUAUUUACUGGAAAAUGAAGGAUAUCAAAUACUUCAAUCAGGCUAUUGUCGAUUAAAAAAUAAUGAUGAAGAAAAACAAAUUGAGAAAAAAAUAGAGAAACUUUUGGCUACUAAAUUAAAAUCAGACUCUGUGAUGCUUCACAACGAUGAACUUGUAUUAGUUUGUCUUACAGGUGCAGCUGAAAGACUUUUUGAACAAAUUAAUAUUGAGGUAAUACAUCCAGCAAAAAAUGAUAUUACACGAACAAUGUCAGCAGCGUCGAGCAAUAUUAUAUCUCCAAAAACAUCACUUGAACAACAUCAAUCAUUUUCGCUAUCAUCAGAUGGAAAACUACGUAUACAAAGUACUAAUUCAUCGAUUAGUGUGAUACUUGAUGAUAUAACUGAAGUUCCGAUUGAUAUGAUGGUAUGUGUGACUACAUCGAUCACAUUGUUAAAGAAUAUUCUGUAUCGAGCUGGUUCAUCUAUUAAAUCACAAUAUCGUGAAAGAUCUUAUAAAACAGGUGAUAUUAUUCUUGAUGGUGGUUUGACGAAGGCACAAAGAAUUCUUUUCGUUGCAUGGACAGAAGAAGUUGAAACAUCAAAUAUUGCGCAAGCUCAACAGAUUGGUACUGGAAAGAUUGGUCUUGAUCCAUAUAAAGUUUGUGAAACAAUGGUAAUGGCAGCUUGUGAGCCUUUACAUAAAUGUAAAAUGGAUGUAUUAUUUGUUAUCUAUCCAUCAACUAAACCGAAUAAUGGUCAACAUGCUUACCAAAUAUUUCGUGCUUAUUUGGCUAGUCUUGGUCAACAAAAUGGAUCAAAAACAGUCGAAAAAUCGUCGAUAACUGAUGCUUCACUAUCAAAAUCAAUUGCAGUUGAAAAAACUCAAUAUAUUCGCCGAACUCUAGAUUGUAAACAAAUAUACACUGUAUCAGAUUUGCCUAAUAUAGUUGAGCAUCAUAAAAAGUUGAUCAAAUCAUUAGAAGGAUUGAUCAAAGAAAAACAAUAUGAUCUUUCCCUUGUUAAUAAAUUAUUAUUCAAUCAAGUCGAACGAUUAGUUGAUUUUUGUCUCACAUAUAAUAUUAUACCACGUAUUGAUUUUUCUAAAAAUAAAUUAAUACUUCGUGGUGAUCAUGAAUCAUGUUCACAAUGUUUUUCUAAUCUUCGACAAGAAAGUUUUAUUUAUAAAUAUUCUAUUUGUUACAUCGAAAAAACAUCCGAUGAAAUUAAAAUGAAUACGUAUGAAUCAAUGAAAAUUGAUGAAGCUUUUUUAGUUGGUGAAUCAUUGAUUCGUAUUGAACGUAGUAAUAAUAUUAUAUUUGAAAUUAAUUUAAGAACUUUACAAGUACAAAUCAAUGGUGAUACAAAGCCUGCUCAACUUUAUAAAAAACAAUUGAAUGAGGAUUCUAAAAUUGUUCCUCCAUCAAUAUGGUUUUCUGCUAUUUCAAAGGUCCAGACAUGUCGAGUCUCACAUGAUCAAUUUAAUUCAAUUGAAUGUGUUCGUAUAUUUCAAAAAUCAAUGCCUAGAGCUGAAUGGUAUAUUGAACGAAUUGAUGUUAUUCAAAAUUGGCCAUUAUAUGUUCACUAUGCUAGCAAAAAGGAUAAAAAUGAUGUAUUGGCUUUUUAUGGAUGUCCAUUUUCAUCUGUUCAAUCCGUAAUUUAUUAUGGUUUACAUUCCAAGGAUGGUGGACAACAAAAUUUGAAUUGCUUAACUUCUGUGGCAUUGAAUAGUCAUAUAUGUAAUGCACAUCGUUCAACAGAUGGAAAAUAUUAUAUGUUUGCUGUUCAAUUAUCAACAAAAAAUAGUGCUCAUCAGGAUUUUACUUAUCUGUCUAAUGACGAUGCUCAUUUAGCAUUACCGACACAUUUGAUUGUAUAUCAACGCAACAAAGUAGACUAA